AUGUAUAUACAAUUAUAUGCAAUACCAGGGCAAAUAUUUUUGGGAAUGUUUGCUCAAUUCACCUAUGAUUUUGGAGUGAUCUAUUACUUAUGCAUGAUGACAAUCCUUAUCAGUCUAUAUGCGUGCAUAUACAUUAGCAGCAGCCAAUUAUUUCCGAGAUGUUUAUGGAUGAUCGUUCCGUUUUAGAUGGUACUAACUAUUAUGAAUUUCGAUAUGGUGAGUGCGGGAAUCAUUCCUUAUUUGAUUCUUACAGAUUAAAUAAAUAGUGAUAUCAUUAUCAGAUUACCAAAGAAACCGAUUCCCCCUCCAAGAAGAUCAUUUAAUGCUUAGAUUGAUAAUCAACAUAGCAUUCACAUUCAAAAUGUCAUCAAAUAAAAUGCACAGAGCCUCAAAAAAUAUGAAUAUUUUCAUAUUGGUUGUAUAACUUUGUGUUACAUAGCAAUACCAAAAUAUAAUUGUACUAGAAUGUUAACUAUUCAAAAGACACUGCAUAAUUGUUAAAUACUGCUUUCUAAUAAUAUUAUUACAAAUCAGAUUAUAAUACAACUCUGUUCAAGAUAGUCAUUUCCUCAAUCAAAUUUAUGUUAUGUUCAUUGA